AUGACAUCAACAAUCGAAGGAAUUCGUGAAUCCAAGUGUGAUGAACUUGGGAAAAAUAAUUCUAAAAUAUGUUGUCAAUUUUGUCCAUCAAUUAUUUUAAAUCCAAGAGCGGGUACAUUCGUUUCACGUGAGUUUCCGUUGCCACUGAUUAUAAAGAAAAAGAAUGACCAAUCUAAAAGUGAAACAUCAGAUCCGUCAUCUGUUGAAGUGGAAGAUUUGAAAGACUAUUGGCAAGUUGAUGACAUGUUUCAUUUCGAAAACAUAAGCGUCACACACACUGUUGAUCAAAUAAAAUAUUUAGGAUGUGCUGACUGUGAAGUAGGUCCGGUUGGAUUCCAUGAUCUUACCACUAAAAUUAAUUACAUUGCUCUAUCACGAGUAAUGUACAAAGAUUCUAAUUAA